GAAGGACUUGUCUCUCUCAAAAAAGUAUGUAUUAACAAUUGUCAUGAAUUAGAGCAUCUACCGAGUGGGCUCUCAUCUUGCACUGCUCUGGAGGAAUUGGAGCUAAAGAGAUGCUCUAAUUUGGUUUCUAUUCCUGAAGAAUUGAAACAGUUGCAGUCUCUUGUUGAGUUGUAUAUUUACAAUUGUCCAAAAUUGAAGUUUAUUCCAAGUCUAGAAGGACUUGUCUCUCUCAAAACAAUAUUUAUUUUCAAUUGGGAAGAAUUAGAGCGUCUACCGAGUGGGCUCUCAUCUUGCACUGCUCUGGAGAAAUUGCAAAUAUGGGCAUGCUUUAAUUUGGUUUCUAUUCCUGAAGAAUUGAAACAGUUGCAAUCUCUUGUUGAGUUGUGUAUUCGGCAUUGUCCAAAAUUAAGGAGCUUCCCAAAGGAGAUCUUGGGCUCUCUUGCCAGCCUGAAGGAAUUAGAGCUUGGCCCUUUCUCAGAAGAGCUGAAGGAAUUCCCAGAUUUGAGUUCCACUUCCUCCCUUGAAGUCUUGUGUUUGGAAGGAUGGGGGGAAUCGCUAACUCUGCCACAUCAAAUUCAUCGCCUCACUGCUCUCAGGAGGUUAACCAUCGAAAUCUUCAAUGGAGUGGAAGAAGUUUUAUUGGGAAACCUUUCUUGUCUUAAAACACUUAAAAUUCAAAAUUGUUGUCGGUUAAGGUGUCUAUCAGGUGGGCUGUCAUCUGUUGAGGAGCUGGAGAUAACAAAUUGCCCUAAUCUGGCCUCUUUCCAAGGAGAGUUGAAGGAAUUGCCUUCUCUAACCAUUGUAGGUUGUCCAAAAUUUGUGGGCUUCCUAGGGGAGAGUCCCAAGUCUGAGUUCCAUCCACGCCUCCCUUGAAGAUUUGACUCUGCGAGGAUGGGAAAAAUGUACUCAGCUCCCACAAAUUCAACACCUUACUGCUCUAAAGGAGUUGAGUAUAGGCAACUUCAGUGGAAUGGAAUCUUUGCCAGACUGGUUUAACGACUUGUCCUCCCUUCGACGACUUUAUAUUACGGACUGCCCAAACAAGUUAAAGGAAAGAUGCACCGAGGGAAGCGGUCCUGACUGGCACAAGAUUUCUCACAUUAAAUACAUCAGUAUAAAUAGGCAGUUGAUCCAAUUUAAACACUGAGGCAAAGAGGUUCGUCUUCUCUUUUUUUCUCACAACUGCACUUAUACGAAUUCCAACACCAAAAAGCAAAAUCUCUCUCCUCAUCCUCUAUCAAUUAAUUGGAUUGAUGCUGCUCCCUCCAUCGCUGUUGGGUGCUGCCAAUUAGUGUUAUCUCGUCAAAAUUAUUUGUUCUUUCUCUCAAACCAUAUAUAAAUUCAUGUUUUCUUUUUUCUCACUUUUGAUUCAUAUUCUUAUACUGCAUGUAGAUGUGAUUAAUUAUGAGUGAAUAAUCAAUGAGUUGAUGGAAUGAUGAUUUCUAGAAUUCUGAAUUGAAAUCCUACAAGCUUCAACGUUGUGGUAAUUAAUUCAUCGCUCUUCACUUGAUCAAUUUAACUUAUCUUACACAUUUGAGGAGUGUGAGCACAAGCAGAAUUUGAUUCAACAUGGAAAUGAACUGCUGCAUUUCUU